CCCCCCUCCCUUAGAUCUGCUCAAUCAGUCAUUUGGUUUGCUAGCUUGUCCGAGGCUGGCGUCACUGGCCAAACAUGCAGAAAUACGAAAAGCUUGAAAAAAUCGGGGAGGGGACGUACGGGACCGUGUUCAAGGCUAAAAACAGAGAAACACACGAAAUUGUGGCUUUGAAAAGGGUCCGGUUGGACGACGACGACGAGGGGGUGCCCAGCUCUGCUCUGAGAGAAAUAUGCCUUCUGAAGGAGCUGAAGCAUAAAAACAUUGUCAGACUACACGAUGUGUUGCACAGUGACAAGAAGUUAACCUUGGUGUUUGAAUAUUGUGAUCAGGAUCUGAAGAAGUAUUUUGACAGCUGCAAUGGAGACCUAGAUCCUGAAACUGUGAAGUCGUUCAUGUACCAGCUGUUGAAAGGCCUCGCUUUCUGUCACAGUCGAAACGUUCUUCACAGAGACCUGAAGCCGCAGAAUCUGCUCAUAAACAGAAAUGGGGAGUUGAAGCUGGCCGACUUUGGGUUGGCUCGCGCCUUCGGCAUUCCUGUGAGGUGUUACUCAGCAGAGGUGGUGACUUUGUGGUACCGGCCUCCCGAUGUGCUGUUUGGUGCUAAGCUUUAUUCUACCUCUAUUGACAUGUGGUCUGCCGGAUGCAUAUUUGCAGAGCUGGCUAAUGCUGGAAGGCCGUUAUUCCCCGGGAACGAUGUGGACGACCAGUUGAAAAGAAUCUUCAGAUUGUUGGGCACGCCAACGGAGGAACAGUGGCAGACGAUGACGAAACUCCCCGAUUACAAGCCAUAUCCCAUGUAUCCCGCCACCACCUCGCUGGUGAAUGUGGUUCCCAAACUAAGUAGCACAGGACGGGAUCUACUCCAGAACCUGUUAAAAUGUAACCCGGUCCAGAGGAUCUCUGCAGAAGAGGCCUUGCAGCACCCGUACUUUGCUGAUUUCGGCCUACCCUAAAUGGCCACUCGCUGAACCUCGACCCUCCUCCGCUGGGUCGGGUCCAUAGGACCGGUCGGGUCCAUAGGACCGGUCUCCACAAGGCAAAUCCCUCACCGGUUCUUCAGACACUCCCCUGCAUUUUAUUCUGUUGUGCCUCGGUGUGGAACAAAGUCCCGUUGGCUCUGCAAGGUUUUUGUCUCUUCUUAAGUUGCAACCCUGUUUUUAAUUUGGCCUCCAAGUUAAUUAGCACUAUGUGUUGCAUUAAAUACAUUAACUGCUCCCAUUAAUAGUACAGAAAAUUAAAUAAUGAUAGAUAGAUAUAUUGGCCAUAAACGCAAAGCAUAAACCAUUAUUAUUAUUUUUUUUUUAAUGAAGAUAAUUUAAAUAUAGUUAUUAAAGAAUUGAGAUAUGUAUAGGCAGACUGUAUCAUGGUUACACGGUUUCCCAAUCAUCUAAAACAUAUCUUUGGCAUUACUGUUCCACAGUUUGUUUGUUCCUUAUUAGCUGCAGUAUACUCUGGUUCUGGUCUGGUUCUGGUUCUGGUACUCGUCUGGUUCUGGUCUGGUUCUGGUCUGGUUCUGGUUCUGGUAUUCGUCUGGUUCUGGUACUGGUCUGGUUCUGGUUCUGGGUCUGGUUCUGGUUCUGGCUCUGGUGCAUCUGGAGACCACAGACUCCUGGGGCAGCCAAUGCUACGCUGUCGCAAUUUCAAAGCUAAAUUAAAUGAAUUGAGUAAGGAUAUUAAUUUGAAAAUGUUAAAGGCUUAAAUCAAUAUUUUAAUUUUCUUGAUUGUAGGUUUGAUGUUUUUUUUUGUAUCGCAUUAUUAUACAAGUCUUGAUUUCCAAAUCAUUUCCUGUGAAUUUUCCUGGAUUUCUUUUCCUUGACAGAAUUACUCCAAUUAAACUUAAGUAAAUAUUGAUAAAUUAUUCACCUACUAUUGCAAACUAUUCUCCAUAUAUACAAAAUGUAUAUGACUAAAAAACCCAUUACAAUUAGUAAUUGGAAGUGGACCAAUAGAACAAUGUUAUCCCAGUAAUUAGUACCAAAUUACAUACUUAUUUCCAGGAGAUUAAUAGUUUAUUAGAGACCCGUAAAUUACAUUAAAUUAUAAUUUUUUUUCUUGGACUUCUAAUGACAACUCUUUGUCCCAUUUCAUUUUUACAAGAUUGUAAGCUAAUUUAUGAUUUUCUUUUUUUUUGUAUUUGUCUUUUGUGCACUUUGUAACUUUUAUUUGAAUAUGUUUAGUAUAUGAAUAUUAAAUGUGGUGAACACUGACAGCUGGAUUAUAGCCGGUUUUCAAUACACGGGCCAAUAUACAUGCGUAUACAUAUGUUAAUGACUAGUGGGCCAUUAGGGACACAUUACUUUUGUUUUUUAACAUCAUCUGUAUCAUAAUUACAGUCUUUUAGCUUCAUUGAAAUGCUUUUGUAAUUGUUAAACUAGAGAUGAGAGAAUCCAGGUAAUCCACUGAUAAUCUGUAUUUUCAUAUGAUUGUGUUGCACCAUUAGCUGUUUCCAUGGUUACUUAUUAUAUUAACAUUGUUAAGAGCUUGCAGUGUUAUUUUACUCCAGAUUGUUUAGAGCGCUACUCAUCCCAUAAAAAGCCUGCAUUAAUGAGCUGUGUUUUGAAGUCGCCGCGGUAACAGGGGAAAGGAUUUAUUUUUCAUUUUGCCGAUGAUGUAACCGAGAUAAUGGAUGCAUGUAUUUAUUAAUGAUGGAAUGUGCCCCAUUUGUUUUAAAAGUAGCUUCAUUUGGUACAGGAACUCUCCUUUUUGAGUGAUUUAAUGUGACGGAUCUCAAGCAGGCUCUCUUCAGGAUUUAAAGUGUGUGUGUGUGUGCGUGUGUGUGUGUGUGUGUGUGAGGGUGGAUUAAGUUAUGAUGAUAAAAAAAAACAAGGCA